AUGCAGAAUAGAAACAUAGGCAUUAGUGGUCAGGUUUUAAACUUUCUUGAAAUCCACCAAGAUGAACAACAAGACUCACCACUAGUAGUUCUCGCCACCAACCUUCCACUAAACACCCAAAUCUCUGCGUUUGAAAGACAUGUUGCAAAUUCCUCUGGUAUUCAGGCCAGAGAUACCAAGGCCGUUGCACAAGGUUUCGAGUUUGUUGUAGACUCUAAUGCCGACUAUCAAUGUUUGACUGAAGAUCCUAUCACCUAUGCUAAUAUGAUCAUACAAUUCUCAAAGGUUAGAGAAUUAAAGACUGGAUCCUCAAAGCUUGUUUUGAAUGGUCUCAUACUGAAUUCAGAUAUCCAAACGAUUAAAGAAUGUUUUUCCACUACUUACAAUGUAAAUGUUAUCAACAUCACUAGACCGAAUGAAAAUACCGCCGAGGUAACAUUAAGCCAUGAGCACUGUUGUCAUGUACUCCGAUCCAACUCAACUUUCCGUGUAAUGGGAAAGAAAGUUUCCAUCUCAGUGGCCAACUCGUUCAACUAUAUCAUUUCGAAGUCUACCGAUAGUCAACCGUUGAAUCCAGACGCUCUCAUCCGAUAUCUCGCUAGCACCAUGGAUGUCAAAGUGUCGUCGGUCAAGACCAACAAUGACAGGAGUGUAGCUUGGCUGAAUGUCGUCAGUGACACCGAGGAGUUCAACGCCAUUCUCCUUGAGGACGGCUAUAGAAUGAUGUUCAAUAACGUCUAUCAUACUAUAUUCCCAACUUCGAGCCAAACCAUUCUAUUCAGCUCAUCACAUGCUCUUACACAAGAAACUCUUGUUGAAUUCCUCAGCCAGUUUAAUUUCCAAACAAACAACCAUCUCAUCUUCCAUGGUGGUAUGUCUGGUGCCAUUACUCCAGCAUCCGAGGAAAUCAGAAACCAACUACUUCAAUUAAGAUCACUUGAAAGACCAAAUAAUAACAACAACAACAGCAACAAUAACAACAAUAACAAUAAUAAUAAUAACAACAAUAAUAAUAAUAAUUCACAACACCAAUCAUCACCAAAUCAAUCAAAUGUAAAUAAUCAAGAAUAUAACGGUUAUCCAAAUUUACCAAAUAUGGAACCAUAUAAUGUAACACCCACCAAACAACCAAUUUUAAAUAAUCAAACAUCAUCAACAACAACACGUGUUCAACAAGAUCAACAUAUGAAUGACAUUAAAUUCGAGGAGUUAAAGUCAGGUUAUGUAACAUUCAGAUUUACCGACCAUUGCGCGACUAUUGAUGACUUGCUCAUUGUUUUGAAAAAAGCAAGAAUAGUUCCUUUGUCUCAUCCUGUAGUCUUAGGUCCAGUUGCAAUCGUCGAACUGGAACAUAGAUUGAUUGAUCCUCUCAUUUUCAAAUACAAUGAAUCCGGUCGUGAUUUCUUGAUUGACAUCAAAGGUAAAGAGAUAAGAAUAAAUCAUUUCACAGGUGAUUUACCGGAAUGGGCUGUUUACCUUCUGCCAUUGAAGCCUGUAUCCGAUGCCUCAGAGUUGAGCGCCAUCAGCUAUUUGAAACACACCAAGUGUGUCCAACAUGGUAACUUUUAUAAAGUGUCUAUGCCGACCUCUGACGAGAAAGAUGUACUUUUGGAUAUUAAAUUGCUCAUUACCGACUCCAAUAAGUAUUGGGUGUAUGACAACCAUCAAUCACGUCAGAUUCGCUCCAACAGUAAAGAAAUCUCCAAAGUUCAAUACGAAUUCUUGAAGAAAAUCAAAUGUGACUUGCAAGAUCUACUCUUGAAAGAUCAAAUUGAUUUCCAAAUGGAAGACGAUUCACAUACAUGCUAUAUGGUCUUUACCUCGCCAAACCCGAUGGAUUCAGGACUGAGAAAACUGAGCCAGUUCUUGGAUGACAAAUACAAAGCCGAGAAAGAAAAGGUCACAUGUCUAGAAUCAAAGCUCGUUUUGGACGUAGUCAAGGAUAUGUUCAUGGGAAAACAAUCUACCUAUGACGUUUUGAAACUUGGUAAUAGUGUUGGUGAGGAGCAAUUGAGCAUCCAUAUGUAUGGUCCAAUCGCUGAAAUCAACUCGAUCUCCAAGGUAUUGUCCAACUCAUCCUGUCAAUCAUUCGAGUUGAAUUCAGCCAGUCAAACCGUAUUAAACAAGGAGAGGCAAUCUCUCAAAAACAACGAGAAGCAACUACAAGCAUUCAAAGUUAAAUACUCAUUUGUUGGAAAUUUGGUUGUUGCCUUUGGUAAUUCAGAUUCAAUCGAGAAGAUGUUCAAGUUUGUCGAGAAAAUUUUGAAUCGUCAAGAUUCCAAACAGUUAUACAUCAACAAUAUUGAAAUGAAUUUCUACAAAAAACUCAUCAAAACCAACCAAGACAAGCCAGACUAUCAAUGUUUCAGAGAUUGCGAUAUCAAUUUCCAACAAACAUUUGAUAAGAGAAUUUGUUUGUCGAUUAGUGGUGAAGAGUCAAAAGUCAGACAGGUAACCGGUAAACUCGAUGAAAUUAAAUCGCAGAUCAAUCUGAUUCUUACCAUCACCAAGAGAUUUUCAAGGGAAUCUUCAAACUACUUUGACGAGUACCUAUCGAAGUACUUUGAUGAUAGCACCAACAUCACAUAUCUAUCUCAACAAAGCGAUUAUUCUGAAUUCCGUCAAUUCACAAUCAAUCUCUACUGUCAUCCAAAGCUCGAAUGCCAAGAUGAUUCAAUAUCUCCCAUAUGGAUCUAUCGCAGUCUAUGGAUUAUUGCAAACAUCGAUAGAGUCACUGGUUGCCAAGAUCCAUACUCUCCUUGA